AGUAGGUAAAGGGGAUUAUUAUCUCGUACCAUACUGUAAAUGUCCCUAUCAGCUGACACGUACCACCACUAGGUUGAUUACAGUGUUGUCCUGUCAUCCCUUACAAUCAAACGUGGAUGGUGCUUUAUCCUUGGUGAUUGAUUUGAGUUCACCGGAUGCACUGGCCACUCACAGACCUGGUGUGUGUGCAUGCAGCAGUAUGGAUCUGACGAGGCUUCCAAUGGAGAACGACCGCCGCUCUCUUUCAACAUGUCCAGCCCUUUACCCGUGGCUCCUUCACGGUUAAGGGUGUUCGCUCAGGAGAGGCGAACACUCCCUCAUUCGAGAGUAAUGGUGUUUUUUUCGGCCGCUAGUGAGGCUGGAAAACCAGGCGAUGCAAUGUCUAGUGCAGGCUCUGUGAAGGGUGAUUUCCGAAAGCGAUCCACUCCCGCACCGAACCUAAAUCUGGGCAAGUCUCUCAGCACCACGUUAAACGCAUCUCCAGAGUUUCCUGAGGUAAUUUCUCUCAAUGUGGGUGGCACCUACUUCACCACCCGUCUGUCCACAUUACGGCGCUAUGAAGACACCAUGCUCGCCGCCAUGUUCAGUGGACGCCAUCAUAUCCCACGUGAUGCUGAAGGUUGCUUCUUCAUUGACCGGGAUGGGGCAUAUUUCAGGGACAUCCUGAACUUCCUGCGCGAGGGCGAGCUACCUCAGAGGGAUCAUGUGAGGGCGGUACAUAGGGAGGCCCUGUACUAUGCUAUUGGUCCACUGUUAGACAGCUUGGAGGACACUCAGCCUCUCACAGGAGAGAAAGUCCGCCAGGCCUUCCUCGAUCUCCUGCCCUACUACAAGGAUAAUCUGGAGCGCAUCGUGGAGAUCGCCAAGCUGCGGGCCAUGCAGAGGAAGGCACGCUUCGCCAAGCUGAAGAUCUGCGUGUACAAGGAGGAGAUGCCCAUCACGCCGUACGAGCGGCCACUCUUCAACUCACUGCGCUUUGAGCGCACGGAGAGCGAGGCCAAACUGUUUGAACACCACUGUGAGGUGGACGUGUCGUUCGGGCCCUGGGAGGCGGUGGCGGAUGUUUACGACUUGCUCCACUGCAUUGUCAGCGACCUGGCGGAGCGCGGCAUCACUGCCGACCAGCAAUGCAUCGGCGUCUGCGACAAACACCUCAUCAACCACUACUACUGCAAGAGGCCAAUCUAUGAGUUCAAGAUCACAUGGUGGUAAAGCAAGGGGAAGACAGAACUCUCUCCCUUCCUGUCUGUCGCUGUGUUUUUUGUUGUGAGGUGGACUUGUGUUGUAAUAGGCUGACUGAUCUCCUUCCUGGUCCCUCAGGUUGAGAGAGAAAAUGGGUUGUCAAUGUUAUUCCCCCUUUUCAAGAACUGAAACCUAUGAAGUGCUGAGUUUAUAGAAAGGAGCAAGUCGGACAGUUGUUGUUCUGUUUCCUUAUUGAAUAGUUGUGACCAAUGUUUUUUCUUUCUGUUUCUUUUUUUAUAAACAGCAUUAACCUAGGCUCUCAUUGGCUGUUUUAUUGUGUUAAACUCUGGGAGUUUUUUGUGCUCAUCCAAGCUUGAGGACCAUCAAGUUUUUCAGAAAAGGGUCAAGUUAAUCUCAUAUUGUGAUUACAGUGUUGUCUGUCUCUUUGGUUUAAUUCCUAUUUAUGCUAUUAUGUUUUCUACGCUUUGCGUUUCUCUGUUAGCCACUUUGAUGGUCGCGAGAGAAAGCCUUCACAAAUUAACUGGAUGCAAUUUAGCAAGCUGAUGAAAUAUUUCUCAUCUACAUGAAGAGUAAAUGUCUAUUAUUGUUACUGAUGCUGGUAUUUUCUGUCACUUACUCUCCCAUAAACCUUUAGAAGUUCUAGGUUAGAGACACAAGUAAAUGUAGAUGUUCUUUGCUAUACGUCUAUAUGUCUGUGAUCAGCAAGGUUUUGGAAAGUCAUUAUCUUUUUACUAUUCCAGUUUGAUAGACCCAAAGUCAACUAGAGAGUUUAAAAUCAAAUAGGUUAAAGGGGCAUGGGCAAAGUUAUUUUACUUCAGUUGCCUCAUGAGAGAUCCAAGAUAUUGCUUUUUUUUUUACUGGAAAUGUUUCUUGCAGGUGAAAAUUAUGCAUCUUCUUUUUGUAAAAAGAAUUCCUGGUGGUGACCCUACUGCCCCAGAAUGUAUGUCUCUGAAGGGGUUUCUAUAGCAGAUGGAACAUUGAAAUUUGCUGCUAAAGGUAAUUUACACUUAAAAAGCUUUUGUCAAUUUAGCAGAUUUUUACGAUACUUUACAUUUAUCUGAUAUUUGCCAUUAAAUUAUUGAAUAAUCUUCUUUUGCAGCAUGACAUAGAUUAGUCACACAAGUUUCAUAGAUCAUUUUAUAUGACAUAUUUCUACUGAUUUAAACAAAUUCAGCUUAAGUGCCUUUUCUUAAGGGCAACUGUUACACUUACAUGGAGUUUAAACCAGGAAACCACACAAUAUUUCUAAUCAAGGACUGCAGUGACAGUAUUGUCACCUCCUCCGUGGGUUGUUUUCUUUCUUGUUCCCCAUGUUGUUGUUUAGUUAUUUAGUGAAUAUGUAUUAGAUUUUCAGAUGUCAUAAUAUGUCCAUUUUAAUUACAUUUUCAUAGAAUAGGCUACAAAUUCGAGUUUUAGAGGGAUUAUGUGCAAUUUACUGUUUGUACAGCACCUGUAUUUCUGUUGUCAAAAAAUGUAUGUGAAUCCAUUACUUUGAUAGUUUUCAGAAGGUAAUACAAUUACAACAACACAAUACUGUAUGUCCAGGCGGCUGGGGUUAUCCAGUAUAGGCUCAUUAAUGCUUUAAAACAGAACAAACAAUAAGGUACGCCAGGUAGAUCAAGAUGAAGUCUUGUUUUGUGCUAUUGAUGUGAUGUCUCUGACACAAUUUGAGUAUUGACUUAGAUAAUGUGACUGUCUUUUCCCUCUGUUUAACUGUGAUUCUAGGACUAGGUUGAGUCAUUGACAAAAAGUGUGAAGAGUUAACACUUUCUUACCGAUGGAUGUCAAUUGAUUGGAUUUAGUUGAUUUUAUGAAGCCUGUCACAGAUAGAGGCUUCAAUCUUUUAAGAUUCAAUUGAAGGGAUGGUUUGGGGUUAAAAUAAUCCCAUUUUAUUUAUUUAUUUCAGCAUUUAAGGCAAAUUUGACUUCAUGAACGUUCCAGGCACCUUAUUGAAGUUUCUCCCCUGGCUGGUGAAUGUCUUUUGCAGAUCCCAUAGCUGGCCAAUGUUGUCUAGGCUGAUCAUGGCAUGGGAAAGUUGAAAAACAAUGCACAGCUAGACCAGUGGCCUACUAUUAAGUUUACAAGAGUAAUAUCUUGCUUUAACAUACAUACUGCAUUAUUUGUUGUAAUGCUAUGAUGUAUUGUGCUAAUAGUAAGUCGUGUAUAUUUUUUGUUUUUAUAACAAGGUUCAAAUACAGUUUGUUUUUUGACUGUAUAAAAUUAUCAGUCUCUGUUAAUAAUGUUAUGCAAACAAUGUGCCAAUGUUUCAAGUUGCCAAAUGCAGUACUACCAUGAAAUGAACCAAGCAACCUAAACUGAAAACAUGUGGAUGGAGACCCAGACCUGGGAUCAGUUGCUGAUCUGUCAUUGAAACCAAGCUCAUCUGUGUCAUUCAGCAGUGCAACAACUUGGCACUUAUCACAUUUUUGUGACCACAUUUGGCCAGGGUGUCACCUCUCUCUCUGCUUCUUGGCAGUUAUCUGUGUCUUAUUCAUCAUAAGCCUAAUAAUAAAGUUGAUCUAGCUUCAA